UCAAGACUCUUCAUCCUUGUAUUUAGCAAACAUCAACUGCUUGUCCUAGUCCCAGCGUCAUUCACAGAUGGAAGAGUGGAUACGUAGAUCUCAAUUUCACUACAAAGACUCAACAAGGUGCUUGUUUGCCUUGAGCAUUUUUUAUCUGAGAACUGGAGCACACGUCUUGUGCUGGAAGACACAGCGAGAGAAUGAGUGCAGCAGGUCACCGUCUCCAUCAAUAUUUCAGAUGCCGAUGAUGUCAGAAGCCCCUAUAAAGAUGAAAUAUGCUCCAGGAAACCUUCACUAAUACGUCUUCUUUCCCAACAACGGCACCAUGGUCAGCACCAGAGCCCUCCUUCUUGCUGCUGCCGUUGCAGCCUGCUGCUGCACCGACUUCCUGUGGCUGGCUCAGGCCGAGGACGCCUCCAUGGAGGCACGCUCGGUGGAUUUCACACUGAAAAGACAACAGGAGAAAGAUCUGAUUGAUGCUUUACAAGAAGUCCUGGAGAAGCUGAGGAAUAAAGAGAUUCCCUCAGAGAAGAAGCUUGGCUGGCUGCCGUCUUGCGAUGCGGGGGAGCCGUGCGCUGUGCGGAAAGGUGCACGUAUCGGCACGCUGUGCAGCUGUCCCCGGGGGACUUCUUGUAACUUUUACGUCCUCAAGUGUUUGUGAAAGCACUCGACGACUGUGGAACGAGGACUGUUGUGAAUUUAAAGAAACCACUUCCUCUUUUUGUAAAUCUGGAAAUGAGAAUGUUAUCUACUGGUCACAACAUUAGGUACACCCACACGGGUCUAUGAUAUGUGUAUUUCAUGAUGUGUUUAAUAUGUCUUUCAACUCUUCUGUUUGAUGUUGUUACAAAAGAGAAAAUUACCAUCCAAUGGUUGUUUGACUUUGUGUCAUUG